GCGAAGCCGAGCCACCGCAAACGCGCUAGGCGCUACCUGGACAAGCACAUCAUUCCCUACGACUGCUCCCAGACGGACACCCCGUCGCUGGACAAAAUGCUGAACCUCACUCACGGGCCCAACAGUUCGGCUCCUGGCCAUGAUGGGAUACCGCGCACUGCCUUUAAGCGCAUCCCCCCCGCGGCGCCGCUCUUCAUUAAGGUGAUGAUCGAGACAGUGAAAGGUUUUCCUGUGCCAGUGGUCUUCAACGUCUGGCUCAUGAUUUUCAUUCCGGAGGGGUCGGGGCCUGAUGAUGGAAUCUCAGCCACCAAAAUCGCUACUGCCACGAGACUCCUCUCGCUAAAGAACACGGACUGCAAGAUCGUCGCUGCCAAAGGCAUCGAGAUGACGAAGCCUUCCGCCGCGAAAGUGGCCCACGGGGCGCUGAAGGGCCUCCUCCCGAAGCAUCGCUUCCUCGAGCUGGUGGCGGCUACAGACGCGCAGUCCCGCAUUGCCGCCAUGCAAGAUGACUCGACGAACGGAGAUCCGAUGAUGGUCCUAUGCGAUUUCGGUGACACGUUCCCCUCGCCGUGCAGAACAAGGCCCAACAUAGCAUCGGAGAAAGCGGACUCCCCCGAGGGCAUCUGCAACAUGAUGGAGGCGACCUGCCCGCUGCCUUUAGCUUUCGCCAACCUCGCGGCCGUCAUUGAGUGCUUCGGCGCCAUCGCCUCCGGAUGUCCUCUGGGAUGCCCUUGGUCGGGCACGCUGUGGAUGGUGGGCUUGGACCCGCUGAUCUGGGACUUGCACCCGUGGACGGCGCACCCCGUGGGCGCGGUCUUCGGGGAUUGCGUUGACGCCGCGGGCAGCGUCCCCCCCUCUUCCAAGAUGCUCCGCCUGUUGAGCAGGGUGUUCUUCGUGGCGGAGUAUGGGGCCCGCCUGGUGCUGAAGACGGCGAAGACGGCGAAAUGUAAGAUCAUCCCUCUGGCGGGGGCAGUCGCCCCUGCGGUGGAGGACAGGGUCCGUGACAAGAUCGCCGACCUGGUACCACGCUGGAGUGACAUGUUGAUCAAUGACAGGGCGGAGUACCUGGGAGUGCGACAGGGACCCAGCGAUGAUGAUGGGCACAGCUGGGGGAAGGUCACUCUCGGCGGGCAGCGCUUUACUCACAAGUUCGCCCACAUCGGGGCCCCGACCAGCACUUCACUGAUGCUCUACAACCAGCGAGCGGUGAGCAAGAUCUCAUACAUCAGCCAGCUCUUAGCGUGGCCGCGGAAGGUGAAGAAGAAAGAGAGUUGGGCACUACAUCGCGUCUGGUUCCUACCUCCACAAGCUCUACCUCGUGAUGCCCUACUGGCUUGGGGGCGCUGGACUUCGCUGAAGGCGGUCUCCCACGAGCACAGCAACCGAUCGGCACUGAUGCGCAGUGCCACUGUUUCUGCCCUGAACUGGCAGUUCUGGGCUCGACGUCUGCGCGGCGCAGUGGAGUUCAGCCUCUCGUUCCACGCCCGCCCGCAUGGCCUGGUUGCCCCCCUCUGCUGGAAGUCGAAUCCGAUCACGUACACCCUCGAGGAAGCGUCGCAGGGAUUCCCCAGCGACACGAACCGCCCGCUGGCAGUGGCCUGCGCCGCUGCGUUGAGUGAGGGGAAGGUGGAGAAG